AUGCACAGUGCUGCUACUCAGGGUGAGGAUGGUCACGGCCUUCCAAGUGUGAACUUCAGGAAACGACCGAACUAUGACAACACCAAGCGGUCUCUGAUGAAGAUCCAGCGAGGACGCCAGCAGCAUUCUUCCAACGGACCUUGUCACCAUCGCUUGGAUCGAUUGCUCGCACUUUCCCAGUGCCGAUGUCCUCGGCGAGUUUGCUUCCAGAAGUUCAAGGAUGCUGAUGCACGAGAGAAGCUGCAUAGAUUCCUUUCUGUUUUCUGGGCAAUGAAGCGGGGAUCGCAAGACUCAUAUGUCAAACAGACCAUUGGUCCGCGUUCAAACUCAAGAAGACAAUGGUUCUUCUUGGACAAGCUUGUGAAUUCCAAGUGUCUAGUUGGCUUACUUGGGAUGGGCCAGGACAGGCUCCAGCGAAUUAUGGAAGGAAGGUGGGACAAAAGGAGAUCCUGGGGCUUUGCAGUGCAGCGAACAGCUCGGAAGCGGCGUGAGGUAAACCUCUACUUGCUAAAGCUGUACAUGGAUGCUGCUGGCAUGCUCCCACAGAAGUUCCAACGAGGCGGCCGGUCACGCGGCAACAAGGGCACCCCCAAAGAGAAGUUGUCCGUAGUCAUGGAGGAGGAUGCUACGAGUGUUUGCGACUAUGAUGAUGCUGCUUCAUCGAGUUCCAGUGACCUGGACCCUGCCAAUGAUUUUGAUGAUGUUCAACCUGAAGAGAUGGAGGUUGACGAAGAGAUCCAGCUUCAUAUCAUGGGGCUGACUGGGUAUUUCACCUCGGUGGUGGAAACAAAUUUCGCUUCGAAGAUCAAGUGUUUGCCGACCAGGUAUUUACUAACUGGAAACAUCAAGAUGCUUUGGCACCAAUUUUGCGUCACUCAUUCAGUGAGUUACCUGCACUUUUGGCGCACCUUCAGAGAAAUUUGGCAGAACACCUUGCGAUUCACAUCACCAAGUCAACAUGGCCAGUGCGACUGCUGCGCCAGCUUCAAAGAGUCUUUCCGGCAUGCCUCUGACAACCAGACGAAAUUCGAGACGGCCAAAGCCUACAAACAGCACAUCACUGAUGUUGGCCGAGACAGAGAUUUAGAAUCUUUCUUGCAAGGACAGCGACCUUUAGAGCGGCCAGGGAAUACACUUGCUAUCCACUGGGAUGGAAUGGAUCAGAGCAAAUGGAGGAUACCCAGAUAUGCUGGGCAGCGACCUUUGAAAUCAACAUCCAUGCUGCAGCGCCCACAACUGAAGGUUCAAGGUUGCUGGGUUCACGGUGUCGUUUUGGAUCUCUGGGUAUUGGACCCAAGGGUCCCAGCAGACUCCACCAUGGUGAUCGAGACAGGAUCCAGAUCCAUUGAGUUUGCCAAGCAAUGCUGUCAAGAGCGGCAAGUUCCAUUUCCAGAUCAGAUCUUGAUCUCUGCUGACAAUUGUGUGAGGGAGACGAAGAACGGGAACCUCAUCCGGAAAAUACAAAUCAUCCUGGAGAGGAUUGGCAUUCGACAAUUCGUUGGUGCAGCGAAAAUCCGUGUGCAGUACUUGUCUGCAGUUCGAAACUGGAAAUCUUGGUUGUCGCGGGCACCUGUGACAUAUGCCGGUGGCUUGCGAGAUGACGAAAGUGGUCACCACUGCUUUGUGCUGAUGCGUCGGUCAGACAUCCCAGAAAACGUGACCAUCGAAGCCCAUGGAAGAGGGGCCCGCAUGCCCAUGCAUCCUUCUGAUGCAAUUUUGCUGCUGAAGCGCUAUGCUAGUGAUGAUCUCCUUUCCCAGAACCCUGUGCUGGCCUUUCCUCAUCGCUAUGUUGAUCGCAUUGGACGUCCUCCUGGGGAAGGCCAAGUGAGAGUGUUGCGGGCAGUGAAGCCCAGCAAGCAAAAGGAUUACAUAGCCCUUGCAAAGUUGCUGUUGGAGAAAUACCCGCAUGAAGCCACACGUCGUGCUGUAGAGUUUUUACUUAGCAUUUGCCGUACUGAAAGGCCUCAAGGUCUUCCGGCGUUGGGUUGGAUUGAGAACCCUGCCCCAGGGCAGGUGAUCCAAAUGGGGCUUCCGUCUGCACUUGGCAGAGUGAUCCCAACAAUGAAAUUUCGUGUCACAGUGCAGCCUUGA